AUGAAGUACUUGGGAGCUUACUUGUUGGCUAACCUUGGAGGUAAUGCUUCUCCAUCUUCUCAAGAUAUUUUGAAGAUCCUUGAAGCCGGAGGUGUUGAUUGCGAUAUGAAAAACGCUGACACCGUUGUCGCAGCUCUUAACGGAAAGACUGUCUCUGAAGUUAUUGCUGAGGGAAAGAAGAAGUUGGCUUCAGUUCCAUCUGGUGGAGCUCCAGCUGCUGCUCCAAGCGGAGCUGCUGCUGCCCCAGCUGCUAAGGCUGCUGAGAAGAAGGAAGAGGCUAAGGAGGAAUCUGACGAUGACAUGGGAUUCGGUCUCUUCGACUAA